CCUCUCUCUCUCUCUCUCUCUCUCUCUCCCCGUUUCUCUCUCUCUCUCUCGCCGACGCUUCCAGAAAAAAAAAAAAACAGCGAAGGCAAUUUUUUCUUCCUGUAUUCGGAUCAACGAACGGCCAAAGAAGAAAAAGAGAUUACCCAAAUCGUUGAGAGCGCCAUGGAUCGUGGCAUCUAUGGUGUCUCCGUCGCCGUCACCAUUCUCUCUCUCCUCUUCCUCUCUUCCUCCGCAUCAGCAUUGCCUCAGAACCCUACAGCAGAACCGGGUCGAAAUCUGUCAUCCGGGUCGGGUUCGGGUCUGAUCAACUCCAACUCCGUCCUCGUCGCUCUCCUCGAUUCUCGUUACACAGAGCUCGCCGAGCUCGUCGAGAAGGCUCUUCUCCUCCAGACACUCGAAGACGCUGUCGGCAAACACAAUAUCACGGUCUUCGCCCCUCGCAAUGAAGCUCUCGAGCGAGAGCUGGAUCCUGAGUUCAAGCGGUUCUUGCUCGAACCCGGCAACCUCAAAUCUCUGCAAACCCUUCUUAUGUUCCACUUUCUCCCCAAACGUGUCGGGUCUCACCAGUGGCCCGACGAAGAAUCGGGUCUCGUCAGGCACGAGACGCUCGGACAAGACAAUGUGCAUCUGAGCAAAAUCAAGAAAACGGGUAAGAGAAUGGUGGAUUCUGCCGAGAUUAUCCGACCCGACGACGUGACCCGACCCGACGGCGUGAUCCACGGGAUCGAGCGCCUUCUCAUCCCCCGCUCUGUGCAAGAGGACUUCAACCGCCGGCGAAGCCUCCGGUCAAUCUCCGCCGUCUUACCCACCGGAGCUCCUGAGGUUGACCCGAGAACCCACCGUCUCAAGAAACCCUCCGCCGCCGCCGUACCCGCCGGAGCUCCACCGGUGCUCCCGAUCUACGACGCCAUGGCUCCGGGACCUUCCCUCGCUCCGGCGCCGGCGCCGGGACCCGGGGGUCGUCACCACCACUUCGACGGCGAGGCCCAGGUGAAGGAUUUCAUCCAGACUCUGUUACAUUACGGUGGGUACAACGAAAUGGCCGACAUUCUCGUGAAUCUGACAUCCUUAGCGUCCGAGAUGGGAAGGUUGGUGUCGGAGGGUUAUGUCCUAACGGUUCUUGCUCCGAACGACGAAGCCAUGGCGAAGCUGACGACGGAUCAGUUAAGCGAACCAGGAGCUCCUGAGCAGAUCGUGUAUUACCAUAUAAUACCAGAGUACCAGACGGAGGAGAGUAUGUACAAUGCGGUUCGGAGAUUCGGGAAGGUGAGGUACGACACAUUGCGGUUCCCGCACAAGGUCGUGGCCAAGGAGGCUGAUGGGUCGGUGAAAUUCGGACACGGUGAUCGGUCUGCGUACUUGUUCGAUCCCGACAUUUACACGGACGGUCGGAUCUCGGUUCAGGGGAUUGACGGGGUUCUGUUCCCGGAGGAGGAGACCGAGACGGCGAAGAAACCGAGCAGUGCCGUCAAGAAAGUUGCGCAUCCAAGAAGAGGGAAGUUGCUGGAAGUGGCUUGUCGAAUGCUCGGAGCUUUUGGCCGUGGCUCGGAUUUUACCUCGUGCCGGUGAAUGCACUGCGAGAUAAAAGACGAUGAAAAGCUUCGAAUCGUUGAAAUCAUUCCAAAGGUGGAAUGUGGAAGAAGAAGAAAAGACUGAGGAAGGGUGAAACCGUCAUUCCAUGGAAUGAGGUCCUUUGUUUUGUGGAUUAUGAAUACUGUAAAUUAGUUUAUAUACUAAAUUCAUUUUUUUAAUUAAUUUGGUGUACGAGUUUUUAUCAUAUCAUAAAGUGGAAGAAGAAGAAGAAGAAAAGCCUUGAGGGGGAGAACCUUUCCUUUGGUCCCACGGAUUUGUUCGCUUUGUUCUUUUGCACUUUUUUUUUUUGUUUCUUUUGACUUUUUUUGGAUGUGUGGCAAAGAAUAUCUCCAUUAUGGAAAGAGAAUAAUCCUAUGCAUAUCAUCAUCAUGGGCAUGAUCAUCA